GGUGUUCGUACUGCUUCCGAACCUUACGGUAUACUCUUAAGUCGUCGGUCUUGCUUUCCGUUUUAUGGCACACUAGUGCUCAUCCAUAUCUUUCAUCCACUAUGUCAACUCUUUCAAAUAAUGCAUUUCCCCUAACAGAUGAGCCACUCAAAAACCUAAUUCAAGGACCAGGAGAUGUGGAAUGGAGAUAUGAAAUGCGUCGGGAAUGUCAAGAGAUCAUUCCUGGCCUUCUACUAGGCCCUUUCCAAGCAUCAAAAUCGCUCGAGGUGCUCACCUCGCUUGGCGUCACCCAUAUAGUCUGUAUACGCGAUAAGAAGGAAGCCUUCUCCGUGAAAGCACGUUUCCCGGAACAUUUCCAGUAUUUGGUACUGGAUGUGGAGGAUAACGAAGACCAGAAUGUCAUUCGUCUGUUCCCGGAAGCUGAUAAAUUCAUUUCCCAAUCAUUGGAUGCAAAUGGCACAGUUCUAGUUCACUGCAAUGGCGGGAUUUCCCUGUCACCUGCCUUUGUUGUCAUGUUCGUCAUGCGUCGUUGUCAGUUGUCAUGGGAGGAUGCUCUUCAUCUUGUUCAAAAUCGCCGCUACUGUAUCUCGCCAAACGGUGGCUUCUUGACACAGAUCAAGGAAUACGAGUCGAUAUACAAGGCAUCCGUCGCUGUUGCCGGAUUUCCGCAAGGGCAGAUGCAAAGAGUUGUCUCCCGGAGGAAGAGAGACGAUGACGAUGAAGAGGAAUUCAGAGAGGAAGACCGCAAAAGGGCAUUAGUCGACGGGGAAGGGGACGAUGCAAUGGCAACGGAUUUAUGAUCGUGUUUUCCCUGAGCUUUCUUCAUUUCCUUAGGUCAAUUCUGUUUAGUUUACUACUACUGUAUACUUGCUUUUAGAAGUCGUUCGUGUUCUGUCAUGAUGAAUGGUAUAACUUCUGUUGGAGUUUAAUGUAAUCGAGUUUUGAACUGGGUAUGAUCUAUAGUGACUUGAUCUUCGCCUUCUCUUUCUCCUGCAAAAGCCGCUUUGCAUGGAUCUCUGAAGA